UCCCGCCGGCGCCCGCCGCUCCCGGGGCUCGGCGCGGGCCUGGGGAAUCGGGAGCCCGCUGCCGGGGUCGCAAUAUGGGGCGCUUUCGCGGGGGUCUGCGGUGCAUCAAGUAUCUGCUGCUCGGCUUCAACCUGCUGUUCUGGCUGGCCGGAUCGGCAGUCAUUGCAUUUGGACUAUGGUUCCGGUUCGGAGGAGCCAUAAAGGAACUGUCGUCGGAGGACACGUCCCCCGAGUAUUUCUAUGUAGGGCUCUACGUGUUGGUUGGAGCUGGGGCCCUGAUGAUGGCUGUGGGGUUCUUCGGGUGCUGUGGAGCCAUGCGUGAGUCACAGUGUGUGCUUGGAUCAUUUUUCACCUGUCUGCUGGUGAUAUUUGCUGCCGAAGUAACCACUGGAGUGUUUGCUUUUAUAGGCAAGGAUGUAGCUGUACGACACGUGCAGACUAUGUAUGAGGAGGCGUACAGCGAUUACCUUAAAGGCCGGGGAAGGGGCAAUGGCACCCUCAUCACCUUCCACUCAGCAUUUCAGUGCUGUGGGAAAGAAAGCUCCGAACAAGUCCAGCCCACCUGCCCAAAGGAGCUUCCAGGCCACAAGAAUUGCAUCGACAAAAUUGAAACCGUAAUCAGUGUUAAGCUGCAGCUCAUUGGAAUUGUUGGUAUUGGGAUUGCGGGUCUCACGAUCUUUGGCAUGAUAUUCAGCAUGGUGCUUUGCUGCGCAAUACGAAACUCACGAGAUGUGAUUUGAAGAUACUUUGUCAUGAAAAUUGCAGUCUAGAGUUUUCAUGCUAAAUGUCACAAGAGCUAUCUCAGCUCACUUUUAAUAUUCAGGAUUUUAGAAGCUAAAAUAAUUUGCUUUUAACUGUACAUUUGCACAUGUAUGUAUGUCUGACUCAUUACUGACUUGCCCCUUGAGUGAAUGUCACGUGUGGUCUGUGUGUUUCUGGGUAUAUGCAUUGCAGUACUGAUAUCUGUUUCCUGGGAAUCCCUAGUUCGUAUGUGCCGACGGAAAACCUAUUGAAGUACCAGGGAAAAAAGUGAUCAAGUUUUGAAAGACUUGUAAAACCUGGCUGUUCAGGGAAUGUGAUAAUGGCCCAUUUCUCAGAUUUUAGCCAUUUAAGUUAGAUCCAUAAAGAGAAUGCAGGAUUUCUAGUUAAUGGAAGCAAUAAGCUAUUAGAAUUUGAGGGGUCAAGAUUAACUGUGUCUGAGUUGAGUGUAAAGGAUUCCUGGAGUAUAUAUAUUCUCCCCAGAAUACAGUAAACCCACAGUUUUAGAACUAAACACAUCUGUAAAAGUAAAUAUAGCAUGGAAAAUCUAAUUUGAAAACACCAUACUUUCUUAGUAUUUAAAAGCAGAAAACCUCUCUCUGGAAAGGGGAGUUACAUAGACAAGCAUGUGCCCCAUAAAAGUGAGUGCUUUUAGGACUAAAAAUAACAACUUUUAAGGGGGAAAAUGUUGCUAGACAAAGGCAUGUAGAGGUUGCUUUAACCCUCUCUUUCCUGCCUCUGCUUUGAGCUGCUGGAAGUCUCGCCUUUCCAGAAGGGCUUCCAUCUCCUGCUCCUCGUGCUUCUCCAGUUGCAGUGACAGCAGACAGCAAGAGCGCUGCAGUGCGGGGCGGGUGAACCCCACAGUGGCAGACAGCAAGAGCGCUGCAGUGCGGGGCGGGUGAACCCCACAGUGGCACUGCUCCUUUGGAAUACCUCAUAACUUGAGUUUACAUAUCUUCCUAAUUUUUUGCAUUUUUCUAAUUAAUCCAUGUAGAGAGUUCUUUAUAGAUUUAUAAUACAGUUUUCAUCCUUUAAAAUAAAUAAAUCCCCCAUAACGCAAGAUAUUAUAUUAUGAGUACCGUGGUCAAACCAAGAUAAACACCUCCAAGAUGUGUACCCACAACAAAGGCAAACUGGCGAAUCAAAGAUACUUUUCUACAUACAACUCCAGCACGUGCAUGUUCUUUCUCAGCAAAUCCCUGUGGAAAGCAAUGCUCAGGUUCUUUGGGGGGCUGAGUGGUUGAUUUGAAGUGGGAAAACCCAGCCAGGUCUCAGCCUUUUGACUACAAGAGGGAAACCCCAGAGCAGGGAUCUAAACCGGCAAGUUUGUCAUGAUUUAACAUGUAGCUGUUAAAGUACAUAAAUUACAGAUUUUAAACAUUGUAUUUGACCACACAAAAGUGAGGGUGGGAGGGAUUUUGGAAACCCUAAGAGGAGCUUCUGUGCCCACUAGGAACACACAAGACUUUGGGUAUGUGUUAAAGUGCUAAGAAACUUCCCAGAGCUUUUUCUUUUAGCCGUUCUUGCUACUGCUACUAGCUUUAGAGAAAAAAGUAUGAGGGGGUUAAAAAAGUUUAACUGUGUGUGACUACUCUACCUUAGCAAAUUAUUAGUUUUCUUGGUUUUUUUUUUUUAAAAUCACUUCAAGUUUUUAAACCCCAAUCGUUGACAAACGCAACCUUUGAAGCAAAGAGGCCCAUCUUACAGCUUCAGUUUCUAUGUCCGCCUGAGGACAGAAAGCAGGUUGAAGUGUGUCCUCAGGUUUCGCCAGCUCAGAAUUAUUUUCUGUUCAGAACUGAGUUUCAUUCUCUAUCUGAAUGAACAACUUUAAGGAAAACCGCAGGAACUAUAAGUGGAAGAAUAGAAAUAAUUUUUUACCAUGGAGGAAUAAGUCUAGAAGCCUGUGCCGUGUGUGAUUAGUGUACCUCCUGUGGCUUAAGCUUUCCAAAGAAUGUGUGAGUAAGAUUAGAGAAUUCCAUCUCCGAGGAAAGAUGGAUAUAUAUCUUUAUGUGAAUAGAUAAAGCUAUAUCUAUAGAGAUAUAUAAUCCCUAUGUCUUGACCUAUACAUAUCUUAAAUACAUAUCUCUUGAGGAUUUAUACAUAUGUAAUUUUAAUACAUGUGUGUCUGUAUGAAAUUAUGGAGAUAAAUGUUUGUAUGCAUACACAUGCCCAUGUGUAUACAUUUUCAGUUGUUUCUGUAUACCUGAACUAAUUUGCGAUCAAACCCAAACAUUUUAAGUUAUUUCAAAUUAAAUUUUCUAUGUACUU